CGGAAGUGUGGCCGGAAGCGCCCCUGCGCGCUCGGGGGGAAGAGGCUGCCGGCUGACCGCGGACUUUGGGGGCGCCGGGACGGCCAUGGCCAAGCAGUACGACGCGGCCGAGUGCCCGUACUGCGACGAGGUCUCCAAGUACGAGAAGCUGGCCAAGAUCGGGCAGGGCACCUUCGGGGAGGUCUUCAAAGCGAAACAUCGGCAGACGGGCAAGAAGGUUGCGCUGAAAAAAGUGCUGAUGGAGAAUGAAAAAGAGGGGGUGAGCGAGCACCUCGGGAUAAAAUUUGAGGUUCCCAUUUUCCUUUCCACCCCUGCAGCCUCUCCCUACAAUCGUUGCAAAGGCAGCAUCUACCUGGUCUUCGACUUCUGCGAGCACGACCUGGCCGGCCUUCUCAGCAACGCCCACGUCAAGUUCACGCUCUCCGAGAUCAAGAAAGUGAUGCAGAUGCUCCUGAAUGGCCUCUACUACAUCCACCGGAAUAAGAUCCUUCACCGAGACAUGAAAGCCGCCAACGUGCUCAUCACACGGGACGGCGUCUUGAAGUUGGCCGAUUUUGGCUUGGCCCGAGCUUUCAGCCUGGCCAAGAACAGCCAGCCGAACCGCUACACAAACCGGGUGGUGACUUUGUGGUACCGUCCUCCCGAGCUGCUGCUGGGAGAACGCGAUUAUGGCCCCCCCAUCGAUCUUUGGGGCGCGGGCUGCAUCAUGGCGGAGAUGUGGACACGGAGCCCCAUCAUGCAAGGCAACACUGAGCAACACCAGCUCACCCUGAUCAGCCAGCUCUGUGGCUCCAUCACCCCCGAGGUCUGGCCCAACGUGGACAAGUACGAGCUCUACCAGAAGCUGGACCUCCCCAAGGGACAGAAGCGCAAAGUGAAGGAGCGGCUGAAGGCCUACGUGAAAGAUCCCUACGCCUUGGAUCUCAUCGACAAGCUGCUGGUCCUGGAUCCCGCCCAGCGGAUAGACAGCGACGACGCCCUGAACCACGACUUCUUCUGGUCGGACCCCAUGCCUUCCGACCUCAAGAACAUGCUCUCCACCCACAACCAGUCCAUGUUUGAGUACUUGGCCCCGCCCAGGAGGAGAGGCGGGCACAUGCCCCAGCAGCCGGCCAAUCAGGGCAGGAACCCCACGGCAACCAAUCAGACUGAGUUCGACCGGGUCUUCUGAAUCCGAAAAUAGCGUGGAGGCGGAGAUUUUUACGCAUUGUGGUUUCUUAGAUAUUUUUUUUUUUAUGAUUUCCCUCCCCCUUUUUUUUUCUUUCUUUUUUUUUGGGGGGGGGGGGGGGCGACAGAACAAUGGGACUAGUCAGAUUCGGACGGUUUCCGGGUCUCUGAAAAUUGCAAAUUUAUGGAAAACUCUGCAAGGACCUUAAACUGGAGUUGGAGCCGUGGUGGCCGAGAGCAUGUGGCUUACCAAUUUAUUUUUAUUUUUUAAAAACGAUUCCCCGAAAUACUUUCCCCCCCCUUCCUGGAUUUGGAGGGCAGGCAAGGCUGGCUGGCACGAAUCGGCUGCUGUAACUUGUCCUAUUUCGCUGCAGAGAGAUGAGACGUGGCAGAAGAAGGGCUGGGAAUCCGAUAAAAAUAGGUGCAGCUCCCAUUCCUGGUCUUCUGGUCAAGAUCCCACCCGGGCCAAAGAAUUUACCUGGACAUUGGUGACCAUUGAUAUGAUCCUGAUAUGAUCCUUCAGGCCUGUUUCUUGCAACACGGAAGGGCUGUUCUUUCUUUUUUUUCUCCCCCUCUCCCUCUCGCUUUAAUUUUGCAAAAAAAAAACCACCUUUUUUUUAAGGAAAAAAACCUCCUUUUUCCCAGGAGAGUAAAAUUCACGACGUGCUUCCUUCCCUUUCGGAAGCUUAGCUCUCUCUCAGAAGGCGAAGUGAUUUUUAAAAAACGAAGAAGAAGAAAAUAACAACUAUCAGCAAUCCUGAAAAGUUUGCUGACUUCCUUCCUUUCCCAUUUCAAGCUCGUCUCGACUCUUUGAUUCUCCAGAUCGAACCUCCUUAAAUCAUGUUUGCCUGUUUUUCGACACUGGGACGAAAUCUUCCUCGAAUGAAUUAAAUGGAAUGAACACAUUUAUUACCUGCUUGGGUAGAUCGCAACAGAGUUAGUACCUACGGAUCAUUUAAUGUGAAUUAGCCCGGGAGAAAUGGGAGAAAGUAAUGAAUGAAGCUGGAAGAACUGCAAAAUAUAUAUAUAUAUAUAUAUAUAUAUGAUAAAAUUAAAGCUAUGGGGGAAAAAAGCGAAUCAGGAGAGGCUUUUUUUUUUUGUUCCGUUGUCACAAAAUCAAACAUCCAGAGACACACCAAGCCAAUGAUUAACUCCAUUAACUCUUGUUUAUUAUGGCUUGUUUGUGAGUUUCUUGCAGCGCGGUGUGCAAAAA